UUUUAAGCAGUAGUUUUAACAAAAAUGUUUUACCCUCGGUUUCCAGUACUAGACAAGAUCAUCCUUCGUCGCCUACGACCCUCCAUUUUUGGGCAUUUUGCAGUCAUCGGCACAUGAUACCAGUGACUCAUCACUCGUCAGCCUUUUAGUCCACCGUAUUCACUUUCCCAACGGCUAAAAGCCACCGCCCCCGCUGCCUCCGCCUCCGCGCCAGCUACUGUGCACCAUGGCAUUCUCCGCCUGGAUUUCCCGCUUGCGUUCUUCCGCACGACCAAUUCGCGCCACUCUGAGAAACACCUUUAAUCGAUAUCAGAGCGUGUCUCUAUCAGGAAGCGUUUCCAGAGGGGUUUUAGGCUCAGAGAACAUUCCGGCUUCAUCUUGGAUCGGGUCUUUACUUCCGGUAGCUCUGGCUGCCUCAGCUGGCUCUAUUGUUCUCGCUUCACUCCACAACAAUGGUCCAUCUUACUGUGAGUCACCGAAUCUUGAUCAAACAGGUAAGAGCAUCGGCGGAAAAGAUAGCACAGAGUACGUGGUGAAAGGUUCGCACAGAAAAGUCCCACAGGAGCUUAUUGAAAAAUUGAAGGUUAUCUGUAAGGAAAAUAUGACAUUAGACUAUGAUGAGAGAUACUUUCAUGGGAAGCCACAGCACAGCUUUCACAGAGCGGUGAACAUACCUGAUUUAAUUGUUUACCCAAGGUCUGAAGAGGAGGUGUCAAAGAUUGUAGCUUCCUGUAAUGAGCACAAGGUUCCUAUUGUGCCUUAUGGUGGAGCUACCUCAAUUGAAGGGCAUACGUUAUCUCCUAGUGGUGGAGUCUGCAUUGACAUGACACUAAUGAAACGUGUCAAAUCAUUAAAUGUUAAAGACAUGGAUGUGGUUGUUGAACCUGGUAUUGGGUGGAUGGAGCUUAAUGAGUACCUUGAGCCUUAUGGUUUAUUCUUCCCUUUGGAUCCUGGUCCUGGAGCAUCCAUUGGUGGAAUGUGUGCUACACGCUGCUCGGGUUCUUUAGCUGUAAGGUAUGGGACAAUGCGUGAGAAUGUUAUCAACCUAAAGGUGGUUCUACCCAAUGGAGAUGUUGUCAAGACUGGAUCCCGUGCCAGGAAAAGUGCUGCGGGGUACGAUCUAACUCGUUUGAUAAUUGGAAGUGAAGGAACUUUGGGUGUUAUAACAGAAGUUACACUACGUCUGCAAAAGAUUCCUCAACACUCUGUGGUAGCAAUGUGUAACUUUCCUACAAUUAAAGAUGCAGCGGAUGUUGCUAUUGCCACUAUGCUGUCUGGCAUACAGGUUUCGAGGGUGGAGCUUCUGGAUGAAGUUCAAGUGAGGGCAAUCAACCAUGCUAAUGGGAAAAAUUUGCCUGAAGCCCCAACUUUGAUGUUUGAAUUUAUUGGCACAGAAGCAUACUCAAGAGAACAGACACUUAUAGUUCAGAAGAUAGCUUCACAGCACAAUGGCACAGAUUUUGUGUUUGCAGAGGAUCCCGAUGCAAAGAAAGAACUUUGGAAGAUAAGGAAGGAGGCACUUUGGGCUUGCUUUGCCUUGGAACCAAAUUUUGAAGCAAUGAUAACGGUUUUGUUCCUUUUACCUUAUACUAUAUUUGUAAUUUACUUUCACAGAAUAUAUUUUCUUCUCUUGGAGGACGUGUGUGUUCCCUUGUCACGCCUUGCGGAGCUCAUAUCAAGAUCGAAGCAAGAGCUAGAUUCUUCAUCAUUAGUGUGCACUGUUAUUGCUCAUGCUGGUGAUGGGAACUUCCACACUGUGAUUCUUUUUGAUCCCAAUAAUGAUGAACAACGAAAGGAAGCUGAGAGAUUAAACCAUUUCAUGGUGCAUGCAGCUUUAGAUAUGGAAGGGACAUGCACUGGGGAACAUGGUGUUGGCACAGGCAAGAUGAAGUAUCUAGAAAAGGAGCUUGGAAUGGAGGCAUUGAAGACUAUGAAGAGGAUUAAGGCUGCUUUAGAUCCCAAUGAUAUCAUGAAUCCAGGAAAGCUAAUUCCUCCACAUGUUUGUUUCUAAGCGUGAUAGAUUAUGUACAAUUGUUGUACUAUAUCACACGUUCAUUGUGAACACACAUUGAGAUCAACAUAAGUUAAUCAUAACGAUGCACCUUUGUAUCAGUAUGUGUAAGUGACUACCAAUAAACAAAGUUAAAUUUUCCUCUUUUCUCUUUUUUGCUUUUCCUUUCCUUGUUUCUCCCAUUUUAACUAUCGGGAACUAGUUGACAUUCAAAAUUCUCUGUACCUUGGUCCUUGCAUUGUGAGCCCUUGAACUGAAUGCUGCAUAUUAGGCUAGUCAGGUGCACUUCAUGUUGAGCCUGAUCACUUGAUGCCCAAACUCAGCACGAGCAUGCUUGACAAGAAUAACGAGCUGGGAGUAAAGCUUGUCUCAUCUCGUAACUUGUAUAUUCCAGCUGGAGGACCUCUAUAAAAAUCUCGUUAUAAGGUUAAG